AUGCAGAGGAGGCGGUGGCGGCCCUCCAUGCAGAGGUCGCCAGGCUGGGGGCCAAGCCUAAAGACCUGGCAGUCGGGGGCAGCAGCGCUAUGCAACAUCCAGCAGAGAGGAGCACUCCCGCCUCUGCAGCCCGUCUACCAGAUCAACAUCGAGCCGAGCGGCGGCCAAAACAAGCCGGUAGCUAAAGCGAAUCAUCACCAGCAUGGAGGCGAGAAGGCAGUGGCAGACUCCCAAUCCAAACCCAAUGCAGCAGAGAAACCAAAGGUGUCUAAUGAAGCGCAGACCGUGCCAACGCAGCCUGCCAAGCCUCCCUCUGCUAAAGCUCCAUCCCCCUUGUCGCCAACUGCCGCAAGCAAGACCAAAUCCUCCGACAAUAAGGCUGCUCCUCCUCCUUCGCAGUCAACUCCUUCCGUUACCAAGCCCAGCCAGGCCUCAACGACAACCUCCAAAAAAGCAGAGGACGUUAAACCCAAGACGGCAGUGAAAGCAGCGAAGCAGAAAGCAGGAGCAGCUGGAGCCGGAGAGGAAGGAAAAGGAGGACGAAGUCGAGGGGGGAAACAGAAAGGAGAGAAGAGCGUGCACGAUGUGCUGUGGGAUGAGCAGGGGAUGACCUGGGAGGUGUACGGAGCAUCCGUUGACCCCGAGUCCCUUGGCUUUGCCAUUCAGAGCCACCUGCAGUGUAAGAUCAAAGAACAAGAGAAGAAGGUCGUGACCCAGUCAUCACUCAGGAAGUCCAUCUCAGUGCCGCCGGUGGUGCCCGACUCGCCCGCCACCGUUGCCGUGGACGAUGCCAACAGCAGGAAAAACAAGAGGAGGCAGCAGAACGUUUUCAGGUCCAUGCUGAAAAAUGUCAGACGGCCCAAGUGCUGCGCACACCCUCCCCCCUACCGCCGUGCUGGUGAGAAGGAGAAGCAGAGGGCUGUAUGCAGCCCACACCCCCCCUACCGCCGUGCUGGAGUGAGAAGGAGAAGCAGCAGGCUGUAUGCAGCCCACACCCUCCCCCUACCGCCGUGCUGGAGUGAGAAGGAGAAGCAGCAGGCUGUAUGCAGCCCACACCCUCCCCCUACCGCCGUGCUGGAGUUCAGGAGAGUCCAAGGUACAGCCAGUCUAGCAAAGGACGAACCAGACCGUGAGACGCAGGUGCACCAGAGGCAAAGCACAUUUGCUCCCCACCUGCACAUCUCCACCACUGUGAACAGAGAGCAUGGAGGAAGACCUAAAGAAGAGGCCCACGUCCAGGGUCUGAGUACCCUGGAGAAGAGCCUGAUACUACUGUUUGUGGCUCUGACUGGCGCCUGCAUCGGACUGGUGGUCAUCUACUUCACUGACAAGAACAGCGUCUCCACUGAUGAAGGUCAAUUCAGGAUGCGGGGGUCCUCAGGCACUCAAGGGCCCGUCGGGGAGUUCACCAGCAUGAAUUACCCCAGUAGCUACGACAACGGCAUGAGCUGCAGCUGGCACAUCACUGUGGACCCAGGCAUGGUGAUCCAUUUGUGGUUUGAUCACUUCUCCCUGGAGGCAACAGACCUGUGCACAGCAGACUACUUUACAAUACAGGACAACCUGGGAGUCAUCGGGAGGUUGUGUGGGCGCUCCAAACCCGGGUCGAUAGUGUCAUUAGGAAACUCUAUGUUGUUGUUCUUUGACACCAAUGACAGAAAUACAGACAAGGGAUUCAAAGCGAAGUACCAAGCUGUGACACCAGAGAGUACUUUAGAAAUAGCCGGGGCUGGUGGCGCUCUCCAAGGUGACCGCGGUGAUCUACUGACCCCUGGGUUCCCAGCACAGAACUAUGAGAACGGGGCUCUCUACCAAUGGAGGAUCACUGUACCAGAGGGAGAGAAGAUCAGACUGACGUUCUCCUCCUUCGACCUGGUCCCUGAGGCCUGUAGAGAUUACGUAGAUGUCUACGAUGGCUCCGCCAUGUUGGGUCGAUUCUGUGGUAGUAAGAAUCCAGGCCGCGUGGAUUCCAGUGGCAACACGAUAGUGGUGCGUUUCAAAAGCGAUGCCACUUUCACCUCCAAGGGUUUCAGUGCCACAUUCACCAAGACCGGCCUCAUCCCGACCACGGUCAAGCCUACCACCAUGAUGCCCACAACACUAGCUAUAACUGACUCAGGCUGCGGUGGUGUCGGAACGCUGUUUGGCCGUAAAGGGGAGAUCCAUUCUAUGGGAUUCCCAGAUGCGUAUCCCGGGAAUCUUCACUGCUCCUGGAACAUCACAGCUCCGGAAGGCUUCCUGGUCAAACUGCACGUCACAAACAUGUCCGUCACGGGAGAGGCGGGCCAGUGUGGCGAAGACAAGCUUGUAGUUUCUGACAACCUCCAGGCGCUUGGCACACACUGUGGCUACGUCCUUCCCCCUGUGGUGGUCAGUGCCAAUAACAAGAUGUCCCUGAGCUUCCUGUCCGACUCACGUCUCUCUGACCGAGGCUUCUCCGCCAAGUGGGAGGCCGUGUAUCCUGAGGACAUUGCCGCGAUCCAGGGAUGCGGAGGGGCCUCCCAUGAGUUAAAAGGGGUUAUUAAGUCUCAGAACUGGCCUAUGAACUACAAGGUAGCCAGCGAGUGCAUGUGGAGUGUGGAGGUGCCCAAAGGGAAGAACAUAACUCUGACGUUCACCCACUUCGACGUGGAAGCCAAGGACAUUUUCACUUCCAAAUGCUUGGAUAACAUGGUGGCGUACGACAUCUAUAAUGACGGAGCUGAGAGUACAAAACACAUACCCAGCCUGUUCCCACUGAGGCCCCUAUACAGCCCAAACCUUAGGACAACAUCACUGAAGACUCUUCCUAGAACUGGCCGCCCGGCCAAACUGAGCAAUCGAGGGAGAAGGGCCUUGGUCAGGGGGGUGACCGAGAAGCCGACUAUCAUUCUGACUGAGCUACAGAGUUCCUUUGUGGAGAUGAGAGAAACUUCCAGAAGGGCAACAAUCUCUGCAGAUGGAAACCACUCCUCAGUAAAAGAAUGGCCAACCACAUGUGGCAAACCCGCCAUUCCCCCCACCAUCCACCCCCGCAUAGUCAAUGGAGAGCCAGCCAACCCCCACUCCUGGCCCUGGCAGGUGUCCAUGCAGGUUUGGCCUAGCAGUCAGGAGACGCCCAAGUUCUUCCACACCUGCGGAGGAACUCUCAUCCAUAAGAACUGGGUUAUGACAGCUGCCCAUUGCUUCAUACGGUACGCUGACGAGCUCCAGUGCUGGAAAAUGUGCCUGGGCAAACACAACCUGACGUUCACAGGCAUCUACCGCCACGAGGGCUUCAAGUACCCCACGUUGCCCACGGUGGAGUUCGACAUCGCCCUCGUCAGGCUGGGUGGGGAAGUGACCCCCAGCGAUCAGAUCUCCUACUCCUGCCUGCCCUCCCUGGAGGAGGUCCUGGAGGGGGGCAAGAAGUGUUACGCCACCGGCUGGGGAGAUGAGACUGGUGAUUCCAUGAAUGCCAAAGUAGCUGAGACCCUGAACCAGGUGGCCCUGCCGGUGGUGCCCUUCAACACCUGUAAGAAGAUGGACUACUGGUGGUUCCAGGUCAAGACCUCCAUGAUCUGCAUGGGCUACACCUUGCCUGACGAGCUCAAGUCUGUCUGUCAGGGGGAUUCGGGCGGUCCCCUGGUGUGCCAGGACUCUGCCAACGCUCCCUGGGAGGUGCACGGCAUCACCAGCUUUGGUCCCAAUGGCUAACCUUCUGUGUUCACCCGUGCCUCGGCCUACAUCUCCUGGAUGUCUGACUCCCCUCUUUCUCUCUCUUUCCCUCUCUCUCUGACUCCCCUCUUUCUCUCUCUUUCCCUCUCUCUCUCUGACUCACCUCUUUCUCUCUCUUUCCCCCUCUCUCUCUCCGACCUCUCUCUCUCCGACUCCCCUCUUUCUCUCUCUUUCCCUCACUCUCUCUCCGACUCCCCUCUUUCUCUCUUUGUCCCUUCCUGUCCUCCCUUCAACUUCCUUCCCAUCCCCUUUCCUCCUCUCUUUGUAGCAUCUGGCUGCGGCGGGUCAAAGGACAUGGCUGGCGAGAGCGGCGUGUUGUCCAGCAUGGGGCACCCGGGCAGCUACAGUAACGGUGCCCACUGCCAGUGGCACAUCAAGGUGCCCGACGGUAAACUGGUCCACCUGCACUUCCACAAGUUCUCCCUGGAGGACACCCAGCUGUGUCCCAACGACAAGGUCACCAUCAACGACAGCUUAGCCAGCCUAGGUACCUACUGCAGUCACAUUCCCCCUCAGGACCUAGUGAGUAUCGGUGACAGACUGAGCCUCUAUUUCACCUCCAACAACAAGGUGGUGGACACCGGCUUCAGGGCCUCCUGGAAGGCUGUGGACCCCAGCCAGGGUGAGUGGAGCUCUUCAUGUGGAGGUGUCUUCAGCAGUGAGCAGGGAGAACUCACCUCUCCCAACUGGCCUAACAACUACCUAGACCAGGGACUUAUCUCCAUCCCCUCAGCUUCUAACAUCCACAUUGUCUUCACCCAUUUUGAGGUGCAGGCCGUGAACCAGCUGGGACAGUGUGUGGACUACGUGGAGAUCUACGGUGGAGCAGGGUUGACCUCACAAGAUGGCUUCUGCGGCUUUGCGUCGCCCGCUGAGGUUACUGUCGUCGGCAACACGGCUGUGGUCCGUUUCCUCAGCAACAAAGCCAAUGUGAAGAAGGGUUUCCGUGGUUACUGGACCACUGAUCCCAACUUGUUCCCCACUCUGCCUCCCCCUCCCGCUAACCCAUGGGACAACAUCACUAUCAGCUGGCCUGAGACGUGUGGCAGCCCUGCUGUACCCCCCAGUAGUGCCACCUUGAGAGUGGUCAACGGGGUAGAGGCUGUGCCUCACUCCUGGCCCUGGCAAGUCUCCAUGCAGGCCAGUCCGUUUAAUCCCAUCCCCUACAUGCAUGGCUGUGGAGGCUCCCUAAUCCACAAGCAAUGAGUCCUGAUGGCCGCUCACUGCUUCAUGGCGCCUCUGGGUAACCCCACCUAUUGUCGCAUGUGUCUGGGUAAACACCACAUGAACACAUCCCGGGACCUCCCUUCCCAUGAGGCCUGCUACAAGGUGGACGGCAUCAUCAGGCACAAGGGCUUCGUGUACGAGCAGGACAAG